CAUUGCAACAACUGGAUCUAUCACAUGGUGCCUUCUCUCUUCAGCACUCGAGGACUGCGGACAGGUUGCCCGUCGCGCCGUGCUACUCACUCGUUUGUUGUGAUGUAGUGGCUGUCGGGGACAGAAAGAAAGAAAGAAAGACACCGGCCGAUCCUGUUCAGGAGCGCCUCGCGGGGUAUUGGACCCAGGACUCUGCGUGUUGCAAGGAGCAACCACAUGGUCCAACACUCUCCUCCACUGUGAAGACUGCUGACAAAAUGGGGAGAUUGGACGUACCUCAUCGGAGGAGCAUCUUUCUCCUUGUUGGGCCUCUGCUUUGGUCGCUUCACGCCAGUGGACAGUUGAUAGGAGGCCGGCUGGACUGCCAAAAUCUGUGCGUGUGCGCAAGCAACAUCAUCAGCUGCUCAAAAGGGAAUCUCACCAACCCCCCUACCCCCCUUCCCAAAUACACGACGGUGCUGGACCUCAGCUUCAACUCCAUCGGCAGACUGCGGGCGGAGUGGACGCCCGUCGUGCUGAGUCGACUCCACACGCUGCUCCUCAGCCACAACGCUCUCUCCUUCCUCUCCUCGGAGGCGUUUGUGCACGUGACAAAGCUGCGUUACCUGGACUUAUCUGCCAACCAGCUCCGCCAGCUGGAUGAAAACAUGUUCGAGCCGCUGGAGAACUUGGAGGUGCUGCUGCUUUAUAAGAACAGCAUUUCGCAGAUUGAACGUUUCGCCGCUUUCUCGGGUCUGGCCAACCUGCAGAAGCUCUACCUGAGCCAGAAUCUCAUCUCGCGCUUCCCCUUGGAGCUGGUGAAGGAGCGAAGCCGCAUGGAGACCCUCACGCUGCUGGAUGUCUCGUCCAACCGGAUCAAAGCGCUGACGUUAGACGAGCUUCGAGCUCUGCCCGCGUGGAUCAAAAACGGCCUAUACUUCCACAACAACCCCCUGCCGUGCAGUUGUGAUCUUUUCGACGUGGUUGCACACUGGCAACUCAAAGAUCUCAGCUCGGUCGUGGACUUUAAGGAUGAGCACACUUGUAUCCUUGCGGGUCGGCCCAAACAAAAAGUGCUCACCCUUGACCUGGACAAAGCUUAUUUGAACUGCAGCGAGGUCAAGCUAACGGAUAGAGAAGCGUAUCUGGAGCAGGUUGUGGUGCUGGACUGUGACACCAAGCAGAAAGACAUGAUAAAGACCUGGGCCUUGCCAGGGAACAUUCCGGUAUCUUCAGCAAACAAAAGCACAAGGAUACUUCCGGACGGAAACCUUCAGCUCGGACCUUUGAGGGAAGACGACUCGGGCGUGUACACCUGCUACGCCAUCGGAGACGCCCUUCACGAGACGAUUAACAUCACCGUGGUGGUUUUUAACUCAACCAUGAUCCCCGGCUUGGAGAACCUGAAGACUGCAUACACCACCCUCAUAGCAUGCCUUAUCAGCAUUGUGAUGGUUUUCAUCUACCUCUACCUCACACCUUGCCGCUGCGCCUGUUGUCCAGGUCAGGAACUGGAGAAAAAUGACCCGACAGGCAGCCUCCACUCCUCCAACGUCAGCAACGCCCAAAGCCACCAAGAGACUGGACCGGAACGAGGGAAUGAGGGCGGUAAAGACACCUCAUUUGACACCAAGGACUUGUUAGAGCAGAACGGGAACCCAAAAGGUGAAGACGUUUGGAAGGAGGGGAACAAGAAGAGGAAGGCAUCUGUUAGCUCUGUGAGCUCAGACACCCCCAUGAUGGUGUAAAACUGUUUGAGGGAGUGGAAAAACUGCUAUGCAUGCUUGUGAUUGGUGGUUACCAGUCACUGGCGGAGCUAGAAUUGUUUUUUCUUUUCUUUGAGGGGUGGCACAGAUAUCUCUGGCAGGCGGCAAAAAAAGAAAAAAAAAAUCGUACAAAAUGCGCAAAAAAAUUAUUUUAUGUUCUCUACCAGUUAGAGCAAGAGGGAUUCUACUGAA